AGAGGGGGUGUUGCAGCUGGAGAAUCAGCAGCUUGUGUUCAAGGCAACCCUGGGGAUUUUAUAAUGGACUCGUCAGUGAACUGAAUCGAAGUUGCAGCUCUGAUUCUUGCACGGCUCCCUUAAAUUGUUUCACGCACUCCGUGAAUGACUUGACCAAAGCAGAGGGACUAUAAAUUUCCUCCUCUGUUUGCUAGAGACAGAGAGACAGAGUUUUGAGAAGCGAGAGUGUGGAAUUCAACAGAGUGGUGCCAUGAGAGAGAAGAUAGCCAUGGAGGCAGGGGCUGGGGCAGAGCUGCGGGUGCUAAACCAAGUGCCACGGAGGCUACAAGGAGUCAAAAUGGAAGACCAAGGACUGCCAGGCCUCAAAAUGCGAGAAGCCCCAGAGAAGGCAGGAGAGGCUUCUUGCGUCACUCGCGCCGGGAAGUUGUUAAAUUGGAGGGCAUCUCCAUUGGUGAAGGAGGAACCAGAUGCAGGAGAGAUCCAGGGCUGGGAUAUGCAAAGCCAAGAGGCAGAGCAGCCCCAUUGUUUUGGAGGUGGGACGGCAUGGCCAACAGAAUUUGAACCAUGGGAUGACAUGCAGGCUCUUCUGGCCUCCUUUGAGCACGUGGCCCAUGCCUGUCGGUGGCCAAAGGAAGAGCUGGUUGCCCGCCUUUUGCCAGCCUUGGGUGGGGAUGCCCAAGAGGCCUAUCUCAGUUUGGACACUAGUGACAGAAGGGACUAUGGGAAAGUGAAGGCCGCCAUCUUGAAGAGGGAACCCAUGGCAACUGAGAAGCGGAGACGCCACUUCCGGCAGUUCCGAUACCAGGAGGCAAGGGGGCCACGGGAGGCGUGCAGACGGCUCCGGGAGCUUUGCCAUCGCUGGCUGAGGCCAGAUUGCCGAAACAAAGAACAGAUCCUGGAGCUGCUUAUUCUGGAACAAUUCCUGAACCUCUUGCCAGAUGAGAUCCAGAGUUGUGUGUGCGAACGAGUGCCUGAAACCUGCACCCAGGCGGUGGCUCUGGCUGAAGAUUUUCUGGCAAGACAGCAGGAGGCAGAGAGACGAGUACUGCAGGUGCCAGGGCCCUUCAAGGAUGUGGUGGAGGUGGAUUCCUCAAAGACAGAGUUGGCUCCAUCGGACACCAGGCAGAGGCUCUUCUGCAGGGAGGUCAAGCAGGCAGGUGAAGGGGAUGCCAGCAGCUCUCUGGGCUCUUCUGACACAGAGGUGACGUGGGACUCAUCGGCGGACGAAGGUGGCUCUGGCAGCUCUGGGAGGCGAGGUCGUUCUGUAGGGGCGGCUGGAGUUACGUCUGGAUUCUCUGCCCUGGCAGCACACAAGAGGACCCCAGUCAGGACUGAGGAACCCUUCCAACAAGCAGAGUAUGAGGAGAGGUUUGCGGGAGCUGAAGGGCUCCGGACCCACCCAGGGACGGCCACCCGGGACAGCGCCUACGUGUGCGCCCAGUGCGGGAAAGGGUUCCGGUGGCCGUCGGCACUGGCUGUACACCAGAGGACCCACACGGGCGAGAAACGGCACCGCUGCAACGAGUGCGGGAAACACUUCGGCCAGCGUGGGCAUCUGACGGUCCACCGAAGGAUCCACUCGGGGGAGAAGCCGUACGCCUGCCCUCAGUGCGGGAAGCAGUUUGUCGACUCCUCUCACCUCACAAAGCACCAGAGGACCCACUUGGGUGACAGGCCACAUCACUGCGCCGAGUGCGGACGCAGGUGUGCAAACAAACGGUCAUUGGUGCAACACCAGAGGAUUCACAGCAAGGAGAAACUCUAGGCCCCACAUAGCCAUUGGCCAUUCGUGGAACGCUUGGACUCGGUUAUAGUGGUUGAACAUGGACUUCCCCAACCCUGAUGUCCUCCAGAUGCUGGCUGGGAAUUAUGGGAGUUGCAGCUCAACACUUCCGGAAGGCACCAGGUUGGUGAAUCUGGUCUAACUGGAGGGAAAGAAGUUGCUGCUUCCAUUCUGAAACUUUUUCCCCCCCUGUGGCGGGGCACUAGAAUGGAGAAACCUUGAUAGAUGUACAGGAGUUCCCUCCCAUUUGCAUUCAGAACUCUAGUAGCCAAGAAGAGCAACAUCUGCCCCUCUUUCCCUCUUAUUCCGUCAGGGUGCUUCCAGGUAAAGCUUUGAUGGUGCUGUCGCCCAGCCUUGUUCACGGAAUUUUACAGGAGGGUCCAGUUGCCAACGUCUUCAGCUCGUCACCUGUAGCUUCUUCUGCCUUUUCUCUUACCACGGAAAAUCCAUUCAGAAAGAAAAAACGGAAUGCCAUGCAAAGGCUUCUGAUUGCUAGUAUCAGGAAACCCUCCUUCUGGAAGCACCCUCAGUCUCUUUGGUUGUCAGCCAUUUUGACCCCAGUAAAGUGGUUCUGUGAGGCAAGAAUAUGGUGGUCUGCCUCCUACUUCCAAAGUCGUAACAACUGGCACUUUGGGGCCUCCUUGAGGCUCACUCGCAUAGGGGGACACAGCCAGAUCUAGCAUGAAGGGUCAGUUUGGUUGGGCUCCUGCCAAGGGCCUACACCCAGCAGGAGUUCCACAGUUACUCCUCUUCACCAUGGCAAUUUCCUUAUACUCCUGCCUCUUACUCUGGCCCAGAUGACGGUGCUGGUGAGAAGGAGGAACAGCAGACGCCGCUGCCCCUUGCUUUCUUCCUGUCAAGCCAGAAGUGGUAGCAAUGAGGAGAAAGAAGAUGAGGAGAAAGAGCAGCACUGAGAUUUGUUGAGGGAGGUUUUCCACUGAGGGUGUCUUACUCAUGGGGCCUGAAAAACCUGGAGCCGACACUGGGUACAGAGAAGAUGGUACUGGGACUCUGCCUGCCACAGCUAUCACCAUCAUUCUUGUGUGGGGUGGCCUUUUCACCUCAUCAGUUUUUAAAAUUAAGAGUCAUGGCUGUCAGUGGCAUAAAAACUGCUAUUUUAUGCUUUGGUUGGGGUGUGUGUGUGGAGACAGGUUGUCUAUACACUGAAUUGUUCACCAUUUGAAAAAGAGGGGACAAAACCCCUUUUUGAAAGGAAAAGAGCAACUAAAAUUGCAAUCUUAUGCAUGUUUAGACAGAAAAUAAUCCUGUAUCUCCCAGCAUUCCCCAGCCAGCAUGCUGGGAGUUGUAGGACUUUUUUCUGUCUAAACAUGUAUAGGAUUGCAUCCUAAGAAUCCUGUGGUGCCUUAAAUACUAACACACACACACACACAUAUAUCCUGCCACAGAUAACAUAUAUGUUAGCCUUUCAGGUGCCCCAGGCCUCAUUGUUUUGACUACCACGACAGAUUAACACAUGGCUACUCUUCUGAAACGGAUUCUACUUCUUCAAUUCCUUUCAGAGGUUUGAGAUACGCUGGUGUAGUCAGUGGAGGGUCGUGGCUGUGAAUCUGCUCUGGGUUUCAGCCAGAACCAGUCAGAAUUCUAAGGGAUCUAUCCAAGGUGCUGAACCUUCAGUUUGGUUGCCAUUUUCCAGCAUCUGCUGCCUGAGGCGACCACCUCACUUUACCGAAUGGGAGUGCCGGCCCUGCAUGGGGUAGCACUGAAAAGCAGAAUCCCCCGGUUGCAGUCUAAAAUGCUGCAGUCCAUUUUACCACCUCAGCCUUCUGCCAAUGCCUUAUUUACCUCAUUCUGCUGCAUGUGCAGGCCCAACCUGAGAUAGUGGCCAUUGCUGCAUCUUGUGGCAGUGAAUUCCAUAAUCGAAUCCUACACAGUGUAUGAAGAGGGGCCUCCGUUUCAUUGGUUCUAAGCUUUCCGUCAGGCAAUGGCAUUCGGCGGCUCUGAUUCUAAUAUUAUAACGAACCAUUUAUUCUUCAGAUGAGCAUCGAAGUUUCUGCUGAGAGAUGUUAGCUAAUCAGGGGAGUUGUAGAAGUAUCAUCGGCAGCAAUAUAUGCAAGAGCAGCUCUGAUCAUUAUGGGCUUUUCAAUUUAAAAAUGACAAUCUGCAAUAAACCAAUUGCGCUGGGGUUUUCAGGGUUGAGGAAACGCUAAAACUAUAAUGUUGAAAAAUGUUUCAAAGGGGAUAAUUGCAUGAGAAAUAAUGUGAAAUUUGUUUAUCCAACAUUCUGGAGGCAUGAGGCAAAUUUUGUAUAGUGGUCUAAUGGUUAAUUUAUAAAUCUGCCAGUGUUGGGGUUCAACGCUUCCUGGAAAUUUGCCUUGUGGUCUGGAAAUCCUGCCCCAAGGUCAGCUGGGAUUAUUCAGCAAUAAGGAUAAUGUACUCUGGAACAUGCUCAGAGACACUGUUUCUUCACUGACUGCAGACCAAUGCCCCACUGGCAUUAAAAUGGAUUCCGGGAUUGAUCCCUGGCUUAUAUUAAGUCCCGAGAGUUGUGUCUGAACACAUGGAUUAACUAGGUGUGCUCUUGGUUUGGUAUUUCAUUUCUGCAGGGUAAUGUCUCUGAUACAAAAUGGCUUCUCUAAUACUGCACACAACGGAAGUGGAACUUUCAGUAAAUUAAAUGAUUUAAAUCUCA